AUGAGUUCUAGCAGAGCGGUUUCGUGUUCGUCCAAGGCGAAUUUCCGGUCGCUGUUCAAUCACCAACACCGCCACAAGCAGCAACAGCAGGGUGUUAGAAAGCAAAGGAGGUGUUGGUCAUCGGAGUUGCAUCGCCUGUUUGUCAAUGCCUUGCACAAAUUAGGAGGCUCUCAAGUGGCAACUCCGAAACAGAUUAGGGAACUCAUGCAAGUAGAUGGCUUGACCGAUGAUGAAGUUAAGAGUCAUUUGCAGGCGAGUUCUUAGUUCCUUGUAUUAAUG